CACAAUCAAAAUAGACACUUUCAUUUACGUACGUGGAUAUCAGCAAAACGACAAAAUUCCUCGGUUCGGCUUGGAAAAAAAGGGUUUUCUAUUGUCUCUCGUGGAGUUUGUCGUCGGAUAGGCGCGUACUGUGUGUACACAAAAUUAUGCUAUUUGUCUGCUUCUAGUGGGGCUUUCGUUUCGUGUGCGUCGGUGCGGUCAGCCGCUGGAAUUGAACAGCAGGAAAAGCAAAAGCAGAUUGUAAUUCAGGAGUAAAGUUCUACACUAAACCAGCAAUUAACAUAGCAGUAUGAAUCCGCAACUGGCGUACGGGCAGUAUCCGCCACAAAGUUGGCCACAGCCGCAGCAGCAAGUGGCACCACAGGCGGGACCACCUCCGCCAGGUCCGAUGCCAAGCAUGAACGGAGCACAGCCCAAUCAACAGCUUGCUAAUCAGAUGCAGAACAUGUCUUUGGCGGGUCAGCCACCUCAGCAACAGCUGCCGCAGGGUCCACCAAAAAUGGGGGGACCACCGAACAUGAAUGGCCCGGGUGUGGGUGCGCCACCGGCGGCCUUUCCGACCCAACAGCCUCCUAUGGUACGUCCACCGUCGACCGGUGGCCCCAUGCCGGGUGCAUACCCUCCCGCACCUCAGCAGCAGCAGCAGCAGCAACCAGGACCGGGUAUGAUGAGCAAUGGACCGUCGGGACCACCCGGGCCCGGUGCUGUCAGACCGCCGAUGCCCACGGCCGGUGGGUACGGUCAAACCAAUGGCCAUCCAAUGGCUGCUCCGCCUCCUGCGGGACCGACAGGGCAGCAGUUCGGUGGUCCCAUGCCACCUAUGACGGCACCCGGCGGCGGUCCACCACGUCCCGGACAACAAUUUCCACCACAGGCGGCUGCGUUCCAGCAGCAGCCACCGGCUGGCUUUCCUCCCGGUGGUGGUGCACCGCCCCAGACGCAAGGCAUGCCGUAUGGAGCACCACCUGGAGGCCCUGCGCCUGCUCAGCCACAGCAACAGUAUCCCGGACCACCGAUGCCCGGGCAACCGAUGCAGCCACCGCAGCAGCAGCCGCAGCAACCACAGGGAUAUCCACCACAGCCCGGUCAAAUGCCGCCAAUGGGCGGCCAAAUGCCACCAAGAGGGUAUAAUCAAAUGCCGCCUGGAGCAGGCUACAACCAAAUGCCUCCGAUGCCCGGACAACCUCCGCAGCAGCUGCAGCAGCCGCAGCAGCAGCAGCAAAUGCAUCAACAACCACCCUACCAUCAGGGAGGGCCUGGCAUGAUGGGCGGUCACUAUCCCGCGCCGCCCCCGGUGCCGCAGCAGAAGCGCCUCGAUCCGGAAAGCAUGCCCAACCCGAUCCAGGUGAUGGCGGAGAAUCAGGAGAACUGUGGCGGUGUGUUCUGCACCAACCAGCCCGGCCAGCUGCCCCCGCUCGUGACGACCAAGUUCGUGACGCAGGACCAGGGCAAUGCGAGCCCGCGCUUCGUCCGCUCGACGAUGUACAACAUUCCGCAGACGGCCGACAUGAUGAAGCAGAGCGCGGUGCCGUUCUCGCUCAUCAUUUCGCCGUUCGCGCGCACGGUCGAGGGCGAGCUGCCGAUACCGAUCGUGAACUUUGGCGAGAUGGGCCCGAUCCGGUGCAUCCGCUGCAAGGCGUACAUCUGCCCGACGAUGCAGUUCCUCGACGGGGGCCGCCGGUUCCAGUGCCAGUUCUGCAAGGCGACGACGGACGUGCCGCAGGGCUACUUCCAGCAUCUGGACCACACCGGCCAGCGGAUGGACAAGUACGAGCGGCCGGAGCUGGUGCUCGGCACGUACGAGUUUAUGGCGACGAAGGAGUACUGCCGCAACAACACGCCGCCGAAGCCGCCCGCGAUGGUGUUCCUCAUCGACGUGUCGUACAACAACGUCAAGUCGGGGCUGGUGCAGCUGCUGUGCUCGCAGAUGAGGAACAUCAUCCGCCAGCUGCCGGUCGACCAGGACCAGCAGCGCACGUCGAUGAAGGUGGGCUUCAUCACGUACAACAGCUCGGUCCACUUCUACAACCUGAAGAGCUCGCUGGCCCAGCCGCAGAUGAUGGUGGUGGGCGAUCUGCAGGAGAUGUUUAUGCCCCUGCUCGAUGGGUUCCUGGUCGAUGCGGAAGAGUCGGCCACCGUGAUCGAUGCGCUGAUGGAGCAGAUUCCGAAGAUGUUUGGCGAUACGCGCGAGACGGAAACGAUUCUGCUGCCGGCGCUGCAGGCGGGACUGGAAGCGCUGAAGGCUUCGGAGUGCGUGGGCAAGCUGUACGUGUUCCACUCGUCGCUGCCGAAUGCGGAGGCGCCGGGCAAGUUGAAGAUACGCGACGACCGGAAGCUGCUCGGCACGGACAAGGAGAAGACGGUGCUGUCGCCGCAGUCGACCGUUUACAACAUGCUGGCGCAGGACUGUGUCGGGGCGGGCGUUUCGGUCGAUCUGUUCGCGUUCAACAAUGCGUACAUCGAUCUGGCCACGAUCGGGCAGGUCGCACGCUUGACCGGUGGCGAGGUGUACAAGUACACUUACUUCCAGGCGGAUAUUGAUGGUGCCCGGUUGGUGAACGAUUUGAUGAAAAACAUUUCCCGCCCGAUCGCGUUCGAUGCGGUGAUGCGCGUCCGUACGUCAACCGGCGUGCGUCCAACCGACUUUUACGGCCACUUCUUCAUGUCGAACACGAAAGAUAUGGAAAUUGCCAGCAUUGAUUGCGACAAGUCCGUCUCGGUGGAAAUUAAGCACGACGACAAGCUGACGGACGAGCUGGUGCUGAUACAGGUGGCACUGCUGUACACGUCCUGCUCCGGCCAGCGGCGGCUGCGCGUCCACAACCUCAGCCUGAAGAUGUGCACCUCGCUGCUGGAUCUGUUCCGCUGCUGCGACCUGGACACGACGCUGCUCUACUUCGCCAAGCAGGGCCUGACCAAGCUGAUGGACAACAACCCGAAGGCGGUGAAGGACGCGAUCGUGCACCGGGCCGUGCAGCUGUUGGCCUGCUACCGGAAGCACUGUGCCUCGCCGACCUCGUCCGGGCAGCUGAUCCUGCCCGAGGGCAUGAAGCUGCUCCCGCUGUACGUGAACUGCCUGCUAAAGAACGAUGCAUUCUCCGGCGGGUCGGACAUCUCGAUCGACGACCGUUCGUACGUGAUCUACUACGUGAUGAGCAUGGAUUUGCCCACCUCGGUGCAGUACUUCUAUCCGCGCCUGAUCCCGCUGCACGACGUCAACGUCGAGGGUGACGCUAUCCCGGCGGCCAUCCGCUGCACGGGCGACAAGAUGCACGAGGACGGUGCCUAUAUUUUGGAAAACGGUGUUCACAUGUUUUUGUGGCUGGGAUUGUCACUGUCGCCCGAGUUCACGCAGUCGGUAUUCGGGGCCCAGUGCACCCAGCAGGUCGAUACCGAUCGUACGGGUUUGCCAGUAUUUGAUAAUCCUCUGUCGAAGCGCAUUCGCGGCAUCGUCGACAAAAUACAGGAGCAGAAGCGUCGCUGCAUGCGGCUAACGCUCGUGAAGCAACGCGACAAGCUGGAGAGCGUGCUGCGCCACUUCCUGGUCGAGGAUCGUGGCACGACCGACGGUUCCGUCAGCUACGUUGACUUCCUCUGUCACGUGCACAAAGAGAUCCGACAGAUGCUGAGCUAGCUGGCCAACACCGGCAGCCAUGGCAACGCACUACUAGCGAGCAGUUUUUUCUCGGGCGGAAGGUUUAGAUUUAAUAACAGCAAUACCGGUAGCGGCAACACGGUUACCGUCCCUGCUGCUGCACCUACUACUAACACUACUUACAAUACUACAAGGAACAACAACACUGUUGCCGCCGUUGCGCCGGCCAAUUACAUCCCUCCUGGCAGUGCGCAGGACGCGAACGGAAAUGUGCGCACGCUGUAUCAAAGGGAGCUCAGCCAUACGAUGGCAGCGGCCACGUGUUGUGCAGUGCCACCGAACAACAAUCGUUCCAAAUUCAUGAGUACAACGCGCUGCGAAGGGUACGUCGGGAGCCGCAUCGCGUCCCGUUACGACGAGGACGAGGAGGAUGACGAAGGCGGCGGCGUUGAUGGUGACGUGGCAGCCCUCCCCGAUGGUACCAUUUUGGAGGAAGAUGAAGAACAGGAGGAGGAGGAUGAGAAGCGGGUAAACAAUGUGGCGCAUUACUCGACGCGCACUCAGCAACAAAUUCAUUGCUUGCGCGAAGCGGUUGGUGGCGUUAGCGUGUCGCAGAGUCGCACCCGCGCAAACCGUUACCGACGCGCGUUCGGUGCCAGAUGGUAAAGAAACCACUCCGCAACCGAACUUGGUACUACACAGUGGUCGGGUUUUCUUUGUAAGUGUGCUAUUCCCAUCUUUCCUUUCCCGAUUGCUCAGCAAACGCAAACAGUUUACGACCAUGAUAUACAUUAGUUAUUCGUUCUUUCCUUUCUUUUUCGUUUUUCGUUUUGUUAUACGUGUCGGUGUUUUAGAACAAUUUAAACUCUUUGGCUCGGUAGGAUCGUCUCCAUUUUACUUUAUCUCUUCCAUUGCGCCUUUUUUUUGUAUUUUGUUAUAUUUAAUUAAGAAAAAGAGAGCAAACUGUAUGCUUUCACCAGCCCCCAGGUAUCUUAAGGGAGGGAAUCGAAUUGAUUUAAUCAACACUAUUCAAUGGUUCAGCAAAACGAAUUGUAUUAAAAAAUGUAUCCGUUUUGUUGUUUGGUGGUUGCGAUUCCGGAAUUAGUUGAGGAGCUACACGUGUCAGCAUUCAUUCGGAACGCUACUCUAGCGGCAUACGACGGUCACGCUCACGGGAACGGAAUUCACAUACGGAGGGUGAUGUUUGCACGGAACGCUCGUAAGAUUGUAUGUUGAUAUCAAUUUAUGAAUCCAAUGGAAUAUUAUAAAUAGCGAAAUAUAUAUAUACUGUACCUUUAUUA